AUGGACGCCCGCGCCGCCGCCAUGUUGGUCGCCCUGCUGCUGUGCGCGGCGCUGCCCGCGGCGCGCGCCAGCAACGUGGCGCUGUGCGUGCGCAACUGCGCGCAGUGCAAGCGCAUGUUCGGCGAGUACUUCGAGGGCGAGCUGUGCGCCGACACGUGCAUCAAGUACAAGGGCAAGGUGAUCCCCGACUGCGAGGACAUCGGCUCCAUUGCGCCCUUCCUGAACCGCGUCGAGUAG